AAUACAAAUAUUAACCUCACAACAAACGUUGCUAAAAGUCCUGAUUUCACAUUACAGUUGAUAAGCGACAAUAUGGUUCCACUGCAGAUGUCCACUGUGCUGCUGCUUCUGGUGCUCUCAGCAAGAGGUGCGUUCGCCCAAAGGAUCAUUGGGGGUCAGGAGGUUGUGCCGUACUCUAUCAAAUAUCAGGCUUCCCUGCAAACCGAGACCGGCCAACACUACUGUGGAGGAACUUUAGUGGCGCAACAGUGGGUGGUGUCUGCUGCCCACUGCUGGAGACCGAGCAACCUGAUGAGGGUGGUGCUGAGCGAACACAGCUUAGUCACAGUAGAAAGAUUUGAACAGGUCUUUAAUGUCUCGAAGAUUUUUGUCCACAACUACAACUACAAGACAUUCAACAAUGACAUCAUGCUCAUCAAGCUGAGCGACCCAGCACUGCUCAAUGCCAACGUCCAGCCAGUCAAUAUGCCGGACGACCAAACCCCACCGCUGUCCGAUGACGUCUGCACAGUGAGCGGCUGGGGCGUGACGCAGGUUUACAGCUGGUACCUCUCUCCCGUGCUGCGCUCUGUGGAUGUGAAGAUACAGCCUUUGUGCAGCUAUUACUACUGGGGACGGAUCACCGCAACCAUGGUGUGUGCUGGAUCUCCACUGGGCGGCAAAGACUCCUGCCAGGGCGACUCCGGUGGCCCCCUUGUCUGUAAUGGCUACUUUGAAGGCAUCGUCUCCUGGGGCAUCAGCUGUGCAAACCCAUAUUACCCUGGAGUGUACACUCGAGUACGGAGCUAUGUCCAAUGGAUAAAUUGGCUUAUUGAUAAUGACACAUCAUAGACAGACGUUAUGAUCCUUGAUGGCUGGACAUUUUUAGAUGUAUUUACUUUGAAAACAAAUGCAUUAGUUUAUUUGUAAUAGUUGGCUUUGAGUGUGUACUGUUUAUGUGAUGCUAACCUUGGGUUAAUCAUUUAUUGGAUUGAGGUUUCUAGUUUUGUUAAGAGGUUUGCUAUGUUAAUAUGCAUGUAAAUUAUUCCUCAAUCAUUUCUUGCCUGUCACCCAUAACUGAAAAUGAACCAACAUUAGUAUAUCCCGUGCCAUUUAGCAAUAUUUAAAAAAAUCACUUUUAAUCAAAUAACAGUGAACAUCCAUCUCUCCAUCACCCCUUUAAAUGUAAACUACUGAAGUCUGUGAGUCGGAGAUGUAUUUAGGGUCGUGAAGCCAACAUUUAAGAAUGUUAUAAAUAAUAAUC